UGCGCUUACACUGACGCAGUCUUACAAUAGUAAGCAAAACUGAAGUCUUGGAACAAAUUUUCCCCUCUAGUUUGUUGCAGACUUUGGUGAAAACUGGAAGUACAUAGUAGUAUGUGAAUAAUAUUGUACUAGUUCGCUAUGUAGGUGUAUAAGCGAAUUAACUAAUAAUUUAUGAAAGCACAGUAAGAAUGAUCUUUAAGAAAAUCCGCUAGGCAUGCUUGCUUAUCUCAAAACUACGGAGUUGUAAUUUAAUUCUGCAGGGGAGCUGUAAGUCGGUGGACGGCUGAAAGGACUCCAUAUAAUUUCUGAUCUGUAGUGGGAGGAUGGCUGAUCGGGUGCCGUUACCAGGAUCAAUUUUGAAGAAAACUUGUUGUAUUGUAGUGUUUGUCUGUGCACUGCACCUCUCGGUCACACUUGUCUACUACUUGUCUGGACAGGAUCAAGAACGGAUAAUCCAUUUUUUCUUUCAAAGUCAUACGACAUCACCCACAACGACCAGUGAAACACCGGAACUGCGGACCCCUACAGGCAGUAACUUCGUGAUGGUAGCUCCGCAAGCGAACCCAGUGAAGAACGAGCUUGGCACAAAGGCUAACAACUUGCCGCCUUGCCCCGAAACCCCACCACGCCUGGUGGGACCACUCAAGAUAGAGUUCAAUCAGCCUGUUACCUUGGAAGAAGUCAAGGACCAGAACCCUAAUGUUAAUUUUGGAGGUCGUUUUACUCCAAACGAUUGCAUAGCUCUUCAGAAAGUAGCUGUCAUUAUUCCUUUCAGAAAUCGAGAUGAGCAUUUGAAGUAUUAUCUGUAUUACAUGCAUCCAAUUUUUCAACGCCAGCAGCUGGACUAUGGCAUUUAUGUUAUCAAUCAGGAUGGUGAAGGAACCUUUAAUCGUGCUAAACUGCUGAAUGUAGGUUAUAUGGAAGCUUUAAAAGAAUAUGACUAUAACUGCUUUGUCUUCAGUGAUGUAGACCUAAUACCCCUGGAUGACAGAAACCUCUACAGGUGUUUCAACCAGCCAAGACAUUUAACUGUAGCUAUGGAUAAGUUUGGGUUCAGGUUACCGUACACCCAGUUUUUUGGAGGGGCAGCUUCUUUUAGUAAAGAACAAUACGAUAAAAUCAAUGGAUUUCCUAAUCAGUACUGGGGAUGGGGAGGUGAAGAUGAUGAUAUUUACAACAGGGUAACUAUUAGAGGAAUGGAAAUAUCUCGCCCUGAUGGUUUACUUGGAAGAUGCAGAAUGAUUCGUCAUGAUCGAGAUGACAAAAAUGCCGAUAAUCCAGAGAGGUUUAACAGACUUGCACAUACAAGGCAAACUAUAGAUUCUGAUGGCUUAAACACUCUCACUUAUACUGUGAUCAGAACUGAGAAGUUUGAUUUAUAUACAAAGAUCACAGUAGAUGUUGGCUCACCACCCAGGUAAUAGCAGAGAGUCCAAGACGAAAAUGGACAUUUUCAAGAGUUCUGUGUUUGCUGAGACUGCUAACAGGAGUUAUAAAAUUCACCACCAAAGUGUGCCUUACCCCGGGUUAUUUGAAGAGUAUUUACUCAUGCCAUUGAUGGUACUGAAACACAAGACUUUCUGCUCCUUAAGCUGCGUUUGGACAAAAAUCUGUACAUGCUGGAACAUUUUUAAAAGACACCUAGAUACGGUUACUGUUAAUGUGCAGAAUGCAGUAUUUAGCUUAUUUGGUCAUUUUCUGUAUGAUCUGCCAUAAAAAAGAUGGAUACUUUACAAAUCUGUUUUGUGGAAAGUAAUGUAAAAACUCAAAAGACUGGA